AAUUUGUUGCCCGUGUGGUGAUCACGUGACAGACGCUCCCCAGAGAGCACUUCCGGUAACGUUUCCUGUGUUUGUAAACUGAAAAGAUUGUCCGACAAGAAAAUAUUGGGCUACUGUAAACGAAGAGGAGUAAGGCUUGGGCCCCUGAUGGUUGGGGCUUGUGUGGUCUCUAAACAGUCUCCCUGCCCCGAGCGAAGCUCUCUGUAACCCAACACACACACACACACUCUCACCACUGCGAUGUCACACCUUUCCAACAGCUCAGUGCGAGAUCACAUGAAAUGGGCUGGGUUGCUUGGCUGUGAAGCGGUGCUGUCCAGCAUGGCACUCAUGCAGGCCGGCUCCAUGCCCAACCAUAAGAAGAUGGGUUCUCAUCUGGGCCAGGGACAGAGAGAAAACAAUCACAACCAGGAAACCCACAGCCAACACGGCCACAUGGUGCUUCCCUCAGGAGUCAGCUGCCCACCACUGCUCAUCCGCAAGGACGGAGAGUUUCACUCUUCCAGGCUCUUGGAUGAAAAAGACAUGCAAGCCAGCCAGAACGUGCAGCCAAAGAAGAAGAACAGGAAGUCUGGACUUCCCACCAAAAUGAGAGAAAAACCCCAGGUGGAGAUUCCUGACGUUAAUGACGAUAACUCACUCAGCUCUCAAGUGCAGAAGAACUUUAUAUGUGAGCACUGCUACAGUGCUUUCCGCAGUAGUUACCACCUCAAACGACACAUUCUCACCCAUACGGGGGAAAAGCCAUUCGCGUGUGAUAUGUGUGACAUGAGGUUUAUUCAGCGCUACCACCUGGAAAGACAUAAGCGUGUUCACAGCGGUGAGAAGCCUUAUCAGUGUGACCGCUGCCAACAGAACUUUUCCAGAACUGACCGGUUACUACGGCAUCGACGUUUGUGUGCCGUGGGCAUCCCUAAAGAGGAGAACCAGCCGUGCUGUGAGGGACGGUCGUAUUCUCAGGACCCCUCCCAGCACUCGGCGUCCUGGAGCCCACUGCAGACAAACAACAGCAGGCUGGCGGCGUGACAGCCUUCCGAUCGCGUACAAACCACUUCCCAGCAAACAUAAUGGACUCGCCAGCAUGACCUGACCGGGGGUCUGAGCCUGUAAAAACUGUUUAAAGACUCCAACACGUCCAGCUCUGAUUCACUCGGCUCAACCCCAGUGGACUCUUUUAUACUGCUUAGACUCUGGGAAAUAGCAUAUUUUGUAUUUUAGACGGUACUGUGAUCAGCAGGUGGGUUAGUUGUGCAUUCAGUCCAGGCAAUAAUGACUUCUGGUAGUUUAGAAACGCUUCCUUAUGCAGGACUGUAGAUUGUUGGGAUUCCCAGUGUUACAGUGCACUCACAUUUACUGUUGCACUGCGAAAUGUUGCAAGCAAAAUCCAGUCAUUUCAAUAGAAAUUCACACAAUUGGGAGUUUCGCACGAGGCUGGAAAAGUUCCCCAUGCUGAUUUAGCUUCUUUUUAAGUUGGUCAGGCCAUCGAAGAGUCUGUUUCUUCAUCAGAACAGAUUUGGAGAAAUGUAGCAUUACAUCAUAUGCUCACCAAUGGAUGCUGUGCAAUGAAUGGGUGCCGUCAGAAUGAGAGUCCAA